AUGACGUCGAGUGGCUGCAUCGCCGCCGUGUCAACAGGUAAUCGUGUAGCUCAGUUCAUUGUAUUCACCUCCGCCUUUAGCGUUUUGUAUCAAGUAUUCAUUAAUUCUGCUACAUACAUUUCUCCGUCUACUGUAUCUCCAUUGGAUGCUAGUUACGGCAAGAGCAGAGACUCGCGACGUUUCACCUCGUCCGACAUUACAGCCUUCCUGUUGUUUCUAGGACUCUUUGGAUUGCUUCAACACAAGAAGAAGCAGGAAAUGGAGUUUCAUAUCAGAGCAAAGAAGAAGCAAAGUGCCAAACUUGUACAGAGCCAGCAAAUUAGGCUUCAAACGGACAAUUUUAAGGCACCAGGAGCUUUCAUGACGAUAUUACCUCGUGACGUCCUGUAUGAGCUGCUAUUGUUUUUAUCACCAAAAGAUUUAGCUACCUGUCCUUUAGUUUGCAAAGAUUGGAAUCACGAUGUUGGCGAUUCUGCUGAAAUGCUCUGGAGACAUGUUUUUCAGCGGGACUUUAGUGAGGCAGGCGACAGAUUUGCAAUGGUUUUCCCCAUUCAUUGCUGGCGGUUUUUUUAUUUUCGACACCAUUUGUCACGAGCUGUAGAGCUUUCGAGGUUAUUUGAAAUCACGGAUGGUCGCAAGUGCGUAGUAAUCAAAGGACAAGUGUAUGAUGUCACCGACUUCUUGAAGUUGCAUCCUGGUGGGCCGCAUGUGCUCGGAGAUGCAGUGGGUACUGAUGCUACAGUAAUCUGGGAGCAGUUCCAGCAUUCAAAUGAGGCCAAAGAAAGCAUGCAGCAAUUUUUGGUGUGGGAUACAGUGCUUGCAAGACCUGAGAGUGAGAAGCUGCAUGGCAAUCUCAAAUCGGUGAUGAUUCAAUGGCAAAAAAUGUCGUGGACGCUCACACACUCGCACUGCUUUGGACGCAUGGCGCCUCGAUUUGCCAACGCGCUAUUCCGCUUUCACUCGCGAUAUGUUACAAGUAAAAAGGCAAAGUGUUUGCAUGAAUAA